CGAUGGCUGGGGUACGCGACGGCCGCAGGGGAGCGGGUGCCAAGGGGAGGGGGCGGGAAUUCCCGACGCGGAGCCGGAAAAGAGCGGACACCAUGGAGCGAGCCCCAGGCGAGGUCUGAGAAUCCCUGGAGCUACCACAGCCACCAUGGGGCCCUGGGGAGAACCCGAGUUCCUGGUGUGGCGCCCAGAAGCGGUGGCUUCAGAGCCUCCAGUGCCCGUGGGGCUGGAGGUGAAGCUGGGGGCCCUGGUGCUGCUGCUGGUCCUCACCCUUCUCUGCAGCCUGGUGCCCAUCUGUGUGCUGCGGCGGCCUGGAGCUAAUCAUGACCCUGAAGGCUCCGCUUCCCGUCAGAAAUUCCUGAGCCUAGUAAGCUGCUUCGCUGGAGGUGUCUUUUUGGCCACCUGUCUUCUGGACCUGUUGCCCGACUACCUGGCUGCCAUAGAUGAGGCCCUGGCGGCCCUGCACGUGACUCUCCAGUUCCCCCUGCAAGAAUUCAUCCUGGCCAUGGGCUUCUUCUUGGUCCUGGUGAUGGAGCAGAUCACACUGGCUUACAAGGAGCAGUCCGGGCCGCCACGUCGGGAGGAGACAAGGGCCCUGCUGGGAACAGUGAAUGGAGGGCCGCAGCACUGGCAUGAUGGGCUGGGGGUCCCCCACGCAAGAGGAGCUCCAGUAGCCCCUUCAGCUCUGCGCGCCUGUGUACUGGUCUUCUCCCUGGCCCUGCACUCGGUGUUUGAGGGGCUGGCAGUGGGACUGCAGCGAGACCGGGCUCGGGCCAUGGAGCUGUGCCUGGCUUUGCUGCUGCACAAGGGUAUCCUGGCCGUCAGCCUGUCCCUGAGGUUGCUGCAGAGCCACCUCCGUGUGCAGGUGGUGGCUGGCUGUGGAAUCUUCUUCUCGUGCAUGACACCUCUGGGCAUUGGGCUGGGUGCUGCUCUGGCAGAGUCCGCUGGGCCUCUGCACCAGUUGGCCCAGUCUGUGCUGGAGGGCAUGGCAGCUGGCACCUUCCUUUAUAUCACUUUCCUGGAAAUCCUGCCCCAGGAGCUGGCCUCUUCUGAGCAGAGGAUCCUCAAGGUCAUUCUGCUCCUAGCAGGUUUUGCUGUGCUUACUGGCCUACUCUUCAUCCACAUUUAGGGCCCUUCAAUUUAGAGGGCAGGGGAGGUUGCCUGCCAGGUGCUUCUUGCCUUCCCUCUCUCAGUGUGUGGAGAACAGGGAAGAAUGAGGAAGGGAGGUAUGAAGACAAAGAGUUCUCUGGGAGAAAGGAAUGGAGCCUUUCAGAUGAUGUCUAAGGGAGAGAAGUGGGCAGAAAAGUGGCUGACCCCAGGCCCAAGCAAGGGGAGCUAGCCAAGUCACCGAAGGCUUGAUCAGGGCACAUUAGCAUUGAAGCAGAUCCUG